UUUAGUUUCCACUCCCAAUUGAAUUUGUUUCGGGCAAUGCCAACCACUGUGGCGAGGUUUGCGAUUACGACCACACCCGACCCAACUUCACGUUAUCUCUCUCAAUUGUUCAAAUUGAAAAAAAAAAAAAAUGAAAAUCCUAAUUUCCGUGACCUAAUUUCCCUUUAAUAGAAGUUAAAAGGUUCAUCUUCAAUAUCGCUAUUCUUGUUGGUGAGAAACAAAAUACGCGCUUUGAUUUGAUGUCUGGUUCUGAUGAUGAGGAGAUCUCAAAUGUUGAUCGUCGUGGUUACAGAGAAGGAGGCAGUGACGGCGAUGACGAUAACGAUGACGAUGGUGAUGACGAUGCUGCAAUUGGAAAGAAGCAGAGCAGAAGAAUGGGUAUUGGGAAGGCGAAGCAGGUGGUACUGCAUCAAUUCACAAAAGCCAAGAGGCAAAUCCGCAGAAUCAGAAGCAAAAGGACUCUUCUUCCAUCAUCAUCAUCAUCAUCGUCUUCAUCUUCUGGGAAUGCAAGUAUCACAGGUUCAGGGUUUGGCCAGAUUGCUUUUGCUGCACUGCCCCCAAGUUUACUUGGUUUAGAGGACUUCUGUGUGUUCUGUUGUUCUUUGUCUCUUCUACGAUGAGGUACAUUUUGGAUGAGAUAGAAAACAAGAAUGGUUUUGUUUGUUGAUAUCUAGAGCCAUUUGUGUAAUUUUUUUAUUUGGUAAACAAGUCAUUUGUGUAAUUUAAUAU